CAGGACUUGUCUGGGAAUCCGAGUUCUAAUUUUUUUUUUCACCCUUCUUUGUGCUCCCUUCCUGCUCUCAAACCCCGCGCAUCCAGGGGGGGUACGAUUGGAGGUAAUAGCUUCGGCCCAGGGGCCGGAUGCUCUGUGCAUCAAGAACCGUGUGGACCUGAGGCUGUCCGGCUGCCCCCAGCCGCUUGCGGAAACUCCACUUGGUCGGGCUUCUUGUUUCGUCAUGGCGAGAUUCUGGUUCUGUGCAGCGGGUGCUGGCUUCUUUCUUGUAUAUCUGGUUUUGCAUUCGCGUUUUUGUGGUUCCCCGGUUUUCAGGGAGUUUGUUUUUCAAAUUUCCUGGAGAACUGAGGAAAUUCUUUACCGGCUGGAUGUGAGUUGGCCUAAGAAUUCAGAAUACUUUACUGGAACAACAUUUUGUGUUGCAGUUGACUCCCUGAAUGGACUGGUUUACGUAGCCCAAAGAGGGGAUAACAUCCAAAAGGUAUUAGUGUUCACAGAGGAUGGAUAUUUCCUACGAUCCUGGAAUUACACAGUUGACACACCUCAUGGUAUGUUUGCAGCCAGUACACAACAUGAACAAUCUGUCUGGAUCACGGAUGUAGGAAGUGGAUUCUAUGGUCAUACUAUUAAGAAAUACAAUUCCUUCGGUGAUCUUGUUCAAGUCUUGGGUACCCCAGGCAAAAAAGGCACUGGUUUGAAUCCCUUGCAGUUUGAUAACCCUGCAGAAUUAUAUGUAGAGGACACAGGAGAUAUUUACAUUGUGGAUGGAGAUGGAGGAUUGAAUAACAGAUUGAUCAAGUUGUCCCAAGAUUUCAGGAUGCUUUGGCUGCAUGGAGAAAAUGGGACAGAGCCUGCUAAGUUCAACAUACCUCACAGUGUUACACUGGAUUCAGCUGGUCGGGUGUGGGUUGCUGACCGAGGAAAUAAAAGAAUUCAAGUAUUUGAUAAAGACAGUGGGGAGUGGUUAGGAGAAUGGAAUAAUUGUUUCACAGAAGAGGGACCUUCUUCAGUCAGAUUUACUCCUGACGGGAAUUACUUGAUUGUAGCCCAGCUGAAUCUUAGCAGGCUCUUGUUUGUGGCAGCGCCCCCUGUAGGGAGCAUUGGCAACUGUACUGUGAUCAGCUCAAUCCAAUUAGCAGAUCAAGUUUCACCUCAUUUCUUAGACGUCAGUGGGAAUUCUGGAGCAAUCUAUGUAGCAGAAAUUGGAGCAAAACAAGUACAAAAAUAUGUCCCUUUGAAUAGCUAUUUCCCUUCAUCCCAUUCAUAAUGUUUCUUUCCCUGGAAAUCUUUCAAGUGAAAGUUCAUAUUUUCAAAUUCAUUGUUUAAAAAUAAUGUUCAAGCACAGGAAUUUCUUUCUUUACUUUUACCGUACAUGGUAUCAGAGAAAUUUGUUCUUAUGUUAUUAGGAAUCAUAUAUGUUGUUGCCAUUCUUGUGACUUGAUUUUACUUGUAAAUACAUAAGGGUAUUUUAAUAAAAGAAAUGUAACUAAAAAAAUGGGGUCAGAAGGAGGAACUAAGGUUGUAACCUACUUCUUUGUCCGGAAAGACUAAUUCUCCCUUUUGAGGGGCGGGGGGAGGGGGGAGAAAAAGGAAUACAAGUGGGUUUUCAGGAUAAUUUAUUGAAUUUUAUGUGAAGAACUGCAAACCCCCAGUUUGUUCAUGUUCUAUCAAAUGAUUAAUGAGUCCUCACGGAAUGCUAGGUCCUGAAGAUUCCAAACUGGAGAGACAGGGUUUAUCUGUGUGUGCCUUGCGAGUCGCAGACAGACAACACUGUGACAGCAGUGCACAAAUGUGGUGGGACUUUGGGAGGAGGAGCGUCACGUGGCAGGGAAUCAUGGAGACUUGGCAGGGAAGUCCACUGGAGCUCCUGCUUGACAAACUGAGCAGGGGAAAACAAUGCGGUCCAAGUAGACAAGUUCCAAAGUGUUAUGAACUUGCUGUAAACUCUGGGAGGCUUUCUUUGAAAGGUCCCACUUGGCUUUGGUCCUUUAGCUGUCAGAUACUCACUCUCAACCUUCACAGGUAGGAAUAAAAUGGCUACUAGCAUCUAAGCACUUUUAUCAAAAAGGAUUUUUACCAAUAACUGGAUUUUUUUUUAUGGUAGCUUUAAAGAUAGGGCCUCUCCUCAGUGUCUCCUUAUUUUUUAUUGUUUAACGUGAACUCAUUGCAUUGCUAACAUUUGUCUACCUCAAAGAACUUUUAGGAUGAUUUACAUAGGGAUGUGUGCCAAACACUGAGCUAGUAAAAUGAAUAAUUUCCUGCCUUUCUAUGUUUAUGUCCGCUUGUUAUCACUUUGCUGAGUAAUUGGCUUUCCAGUUAUGACCAUUUUUUUCAGUGUGUUCUAGAUUCUGAUGGAAGCUUGCCAUGUUGUGGUCUCUCAGAUCAUUCUUCCUCUUCCCUUCUAGCAGCCUUCCUUUUUAUCCUAGUGUUACUGUAAAUUGUGUAGCACAUGGGAAGUCUUGAGCUGAAUUUAUCACUUACUAUGACUGGAGUCUGUCUUCCAGACCUCCAGGAACUCAUUUUUUUGAUGCUUGGAUCAUAUCUUGAUGGAGUUAGGAAGGUAAAUCUACCUAGGAAGUUAAAUCUACCAACAGGAAAUCCUAUCCCGCGUUUCAAGGCCAUUAAUAUGUGUGUUUGUGCCACUGAUUAAGCUGUAUGAUCCUAAAUGAGCCUUAGUUUCUGUUCAGUAAAACAGGAAUGCCAUUGUCUUUCCUCCUUCAGGAAUGCUGUGAGGGUCAGAUGUGCAAUAGUACGUGUGUGCCCUUUGAAACCUAUAAUAGCGCCAAGUAAAUUAAAGGCAUUUUAUUAUGAAAGGUCCUUCUAAACUUGCCAUUUACUUGAUACUGUCAGGUUUGCCUGAAUUUUGUUUGCACUUAGCGCUUUUAUCAACACGUUCCUUGUGAACUUCAUUCAGUUUAGCCAAUAUAGUUAAUUGAUUUGGAUGAAAGAAAGUAAUUUGAGGGGUUUUUUGUUGUUGUUCUGUUUUCAAGCCAGGACAAGAAGUACAAAUGUCUCUUUGAAGGAAUGCAGGUUAGGUAAACUGGUUUUUGUCAUUUCAAAAAUGUUUUAUUUGUUGUAUGCCAGAUUGUUAUAAAACGUUUAAAAUAUUACUUCUAUGUAUCUUGCUAAAAACUUAUAAACAUACUAGUAAUCAAGUUAUUUCAUUUUUUUCUUUUGGAUUAAUUUGUUAAAUGGA